AUGAUAUUUUCUUUUCCUCUUAAACGGAUUGCUAACAAAUUCUUUUAUCUUAAACGGAUUGCUAACCAAAGCACGAUAUUUCUUUCUCUUAAACGGAUUGCAAACGGUUCUUUCUUAAACCACCAAAACACGAGGUUCUUUACCUUAAACGGAUUGCUAACCAAAACAAUGAUAGUUCUUUCACUUAAACGGAUUGCUAACCAAAAGCACGAUAGUUCUUUCUCUCUUAAACUGAUUUACAACGGAUUGGUAAAAGACGAUAGUUCUUUUCUUAAACGGAUUGCUAAAGCAAAACACGAUAUUUUCUUAAACGGAUUGCUAACCAAAACACGAUACAAACCAACGAUAGUUCUUUCUCUUAAACGGAUUGCUAACCAAAACACGAUAUUUCUUUCACUUAAACAUAUUGCUAACCAAAGAACGAUAGUUCUUUCUCUUAAACGGAUUGCUAACCAAAACACGAUAGUUCUUUCUCUUAAACGGAUUGCUAACCAAAACACGAUAGUUCUUUCUCUUAAACGGAUUGCUAACCAAAACACGAUAUUUCUUUCUCUUAAACAAAGAUUGGUAACUUUUCUCUUAAACGGAUUGCUAACCAAAACACGAUACGUUCUUCUUUGCUUACAACAAAAAACGAUAGUUCUUUCUCCAAACGGAUUGCUAACCAAACACGAUGUUUCUUUCAUUCUUUCUCUUAAACGGAUUGCUAACCAAAACACGAUAUUUCUUUCUUUAAACGGAUUCUUAAACGGAGUUCUUUCUCUUAAACGAACGAUAUUUCUUUCACUUAAACGUAUUGCUAACCAAAACACGAUAUUUCUUUCUCUUAAACGGAUUGCUAACCAAAGAACGAUAGUUCUUUCUCUUAAACGCAUUGCUAACCAAAACACGAUAUUCUUUCUCUUAAACGGAUUGCUAACCAAAACACGAUAUUUCUUUCUCUUAAACGGAUUGCUAACCAAAACGAUAGUUCUUUCUCUUAAACGGAUUGCUAACCAAACGAUAGUUCUUUCUCUUAAACGGAUUGCUAACCAAAACACGAUAUUUCUUUCUCUUAAACGGAUUCUUAAACGAAUUCUUUCUCUUAAACGGACGAUAGUUCUUUCUCUUAAACGGAUUGCUAACCAAAACGAUAUUUUUUCUCUUAAACGGAUUGCUAACCAAAACACGAUAGUUCUUUCUCUUAAAUGGAUUGCUACCAAAAACGAUAUUUCUUUUCUUAAACGGAUUGCUAACCAAAACACGAUAGUUCUUUCUCUUAAACGGAUUGCUAACCAAACACGAUAUUCUUUCUUUCUUAAACGGAUUGCUAACCAAAAAACGAUAGUUCUUUCUCUUAAACGGAUUGCUAACCAAAACACGAUAGUUCUUUCUCUUAAACGGAUUCUAACCAAAACACGAUAUCUCUUUCUCUUAAACGGAUUGCAGACAAGCACGAUAGUUCUUUCUCUUAAACGGAUUGCUAACCAAAGCGCAUAG